UACCACGACACACUGGUGCUCAUACAACCCGGUCUGAAUCUACUGGAAACGCGUCUGCUGGCCGUGCAGCGAACGGCGCAUGGGCAACAGCACAGUUCUUGGAAGGCGGCCUAUGAUGGGCCCCCGCUGGCUGAUGAUUGGUUGGUGGAUGAACAGGGCUACGGACUGGGUGUAGAUGAUGUGGAGGCCGAACCGCGGCGGAAUCGGCAUUUCUCGGGGCGCCUGAACGACUUGGAUCUGCUGCGCAAGCGCCUGUCCUGA